GUAAACUCAUUGAUUGCUAAGAAUGAAAAUAAUGAUUAGCGUAUAAAUAAUUUUUCAUAAUGUUAGGCUAAAAUUGCCAGUGGUCUUUAAUCCCUCCUGAUUUGGGAUAUUUCAUUUAGAAUCCUAAAUGUUAUAGUAUUUACAAUGGACUAUAAAAAUACAUAUCAAAAUAUUCUAUCAGCUGUUAUGAACAAAGGGGAUGUGUUAUUAAGUCAUCCCUCUCAUUACGUCAGUAUUGCAUCAAACAGCCCAUCAUGCCGCAGCAUCUGGUGGAAGUUCCUUCUAGGAGUGCUUCCUAAAGAUCCUUCACAGUGGGAGGCGGUUGUGAGGCAGCAGAGGCAGAGCUAUGAUGAACUUCGCGUUAAACUCUCUGUCACUCCGGGCAUUACUGAGGAAACAGAAGAUCUUUCUCUCAACAACCCUUUGUCACAAGACACACAUAGUUCCUGGAACCAAUAUUUUGAAGACAGUGAGAUGAAGCGUCUCAUCAGACAAGACGUGGAGCGCACAUUCCCUGAAGAAAGAUUCUUCCACUUGCCCGUCAUCCAGGAGAUGAUGGUUGCCAUCAUCUUCUGCUACUCGAAGGAACACCCCGAUGUUGGCUUCAAACAGGGACUACAUGAGGUGCUGGCACCGCUGCUGCAGGUCCUUGACAGCGACUACAGGCAAUACGGCCAGCAGCAGCACGCACAUCCCAGCCUGCCUGUUCUUGACCUGCUGAUGGACCUUGCCUACCUCGAACAUGAUGCAUAUUGUCUGCUGUGCGGGAUGAUGCAGCGCCUGAGCAAGUGGUACGUCAGUAGAGACCCGCCCCCUGCUCCUGAUCUGCAGCAGCCUCUCCUGCAGCAGCCCCUCCUGCAGCAGCCCUUCUCUGACCCUGUCCCAGUGGUCCCCAGCCCGGGCGAGGUGUCGCCGCUGCAGGCCCGCAUUGAGCUCAUCCACCAGCAGCUCCUGCCCGCCCUCCUGCCCGCCCUCGCCCUCCACCUCACCCGCCUCGACAUCUCCCCACAAGUCUACGCCAUCCGGUGGCUGAGGCUGUUGUUCGGGCGGGAGUUCUCCCUGGCGCAGCUGCCGCUGGUGUGGGACGCUGUCUUCUGGUGCGCCUCCUGCGACGACUUCCCGCUGGCCGACCACAUCGCCAUUGCCCUCCUUGAUACCAUCAAAACGCAGCUGCUGUGCGGCGACUACCUGACGUGCCUGAACCUGCUCAUGCGGUUCCCUCAUCCCGCGGACGUGACGGCGCUUCUGGCCACCGCCCUGCAGCAGCACAUCGUCCACCUCCAGCAGGUCCGUCGUGUGACACACCUCCUCUUCACCCUUACGGAUGUGUUCGUGGAUGCCUUUGGCAGCUUCAAGUUCAGUUCAGUAGACGGACCUGCAGACGCUGGCCGGCAGUUGCAGCCUCUGAGGCCUGCGCCUCCCCACGCCAACGGCGCGGCCGUGGGGACGUCUUCCCCCCGCCUGCAGGAGGCACGGCUGGUGUUGCAGGAGGACAGCUUGCUGCAGCAGAUGGCAGACGCGCUGAGCCACCACCUGACGGCGCUGGGCCGCCGCCACCUGCAGCUUAGCGUCCAUACUGACGGCGACGUCAGGGCGGCCAUGGACAGCCUCCUGCAGGUGAGCAGGAGGCUACAGGAGGCUGCCCGCGGGGAGGCCCUGAGCCAUGAAGCUGCCUCGCUCAAAUCUCUCCCCCCCACCAGAAGUCAUCCCCUCGAACAUUCCCCCACCAGAAGUCACCCCCUUGAACAUCCCCUACAAGGCUCCCCCAACUAGUUUAAUUCCUGAGGGCUUAGGUUCACCCGGGGUCUGCGGUCUCAUUAACCGUCAAUGUAAUUCCUGCCGAAGACCUUAAGAUCCCUCGGGGUAAUACGUACCCAGCUUGGAGACACUCAGACUUCGCUUGGAAACACUCAGACUUCGCUUGGAGACAUCCAGACUUUGCUUGGAGCAGGGUUGGCGAUUUUUUUGAUUUUUUUUUAAAAAAUCAAAAA